CGCAGUGUGUGUAUGAGGAGAGAGGCGAGCGAGAGACGUAGCAGUCAGUGCGAUGGGCUAGAGGAGAGCGAGGAGGCGGAGGAGCAGAGUGAACCCUGGAUCUGCCUUUCCUUGCCUUCGCCUGUCGUCUGCCUGAAGCUGGGUCCGCGUUGCACCGCACCGACACCGAGCAGACCCUUGGACCUUUCUGAGAGUGGUGGGUGCUGGUUUGGGAAAACCCAGACACCACCAGGCUUCCUCCUCCAUCAUCAUCAUCAGCAGCAGCAGCAGCAGCAGAGCGGCCUGACGCCACAGUUCGGGCACCAGCUGCUACCAAACCGCGUCUCCUUCCUCCACCUCGCCGCGCCGCUCCCUAUGCCCUUGUCCUCGGCGGCUCCUCUCACCUCCCUGGCCAGUAUAUGGAUAGAAGCUCCCUGUUUCAGCUCAUACAAGAGCAGUUGGACCCAGAGAACACCGGUUUCAUCCCAGUGGAGAACUUCACCAGCUUGGUGGAGCACCAUGAGCUGCAGCUGGACCCGUCCAAGCUGGACAUGCUGUUAGCGCUCGUCCAGAGCAAUGAGGAGGGCCAGGUGUGCUACCAGGAGCUCAUCGAGCUGAUGAGCAGCAAGCGCUCCAGCAGUUUCCGGCGCGCCAUCGCUAACGGCCGCCGCACCCUGCAGAGGGAAAUCCUGCUGGACGAGACGGGCCUCGGACUGUACAAACGCUUCGUCCGCUAUGUGGCCUAUGAGAUCCUGCCAUGUGAGACGGACCGGCGCUGGUACUUCCACCAAAACCGCCUCUGUCCUCCGCCCGUCUUCAUUGCCGUCGUCACCAUCGUCCAGAUAAUCGUGUUCAUGUGCUACGGCAUCAUGCUCAAUAAGUGGGUCCUGCAGACGUACCAGCUGGACUUCAUGAAGAGUCCGCUGGUCUACCAUCCCGGCCACCGCGCACAAGUCUGGCGCUUCUUCAGCUACAUGUUCAUGCAUGUUGGUUUGGAGCAGCUGGGAUUUAAUGCUCUGCUGCAGCUGAUGAUCGGCGUUCCCUUAGAGAUGGUUCACGGGAUCUUACGGAUAAGUUUGCUCUACAUGGCAGGAGUUCUGGCCGGCUCGCUGACGGUGUCCAUCACAGACAUGCGUGCUCCGGUGGUCGGGGGAUCCGGGGGCGUCUACGCUCUCUGCUCCGCGCAUCUGGCCAACGUCGUCAUGAACUGGGCCGGGAUGCGCUGUCCGUACAAACUGCUCCGCAUGAUCCUGGCGCUGGUCUGCAUGAGUUCGGAGGUGGGCCGCGCCGUCUGGCUGCGCUUCUCGCCGCCGGUGCCGUCGUCGGGGCCGCAGCCCAGCUUCAUGGCCCACCUGUCGGGCGCGGUGGUGGGCAUCAGCAUGGGGCUGCUCAUCCUGCGCAGCUACGAGGAGAGCCUGCAGAAGCAAUGCUCCUGGUGGGUCAUCGUCUUCUCCUUCAUCACCUUCCUCCUCUUCGCCAUCUUCUGGAACAUCUUCGCCUACGAGCUGCUGGGCGUUCAGAUCCCGCCGCCGCCAUGAUGGCAGCUCCGCUUUGCUCCCCAUUCCACCAAACUAAAAAACAAUCCAACCAGAAUAAUCGGUAACUCUUUAACUGCAGGGCGAGCAAGAGACAAAACAGCCGACAUUAACAUGAACGAGUCUUUAUGUUUGUCAUUCAGAAAAUUAUGACACUGUUAAAGUUGCACUAAAAGUUCAUUUAAAGUGUAAACUUUGCAUUAUUCUGUAAAUAACGACACUUUUA